CACAGCACGUGGACAGAAACAUGAACAGGUUCUACAUUCUACUAAAUAUCCUCACGUUUGCAGCAGCUGCUGUAAACACAGGCUCUCACUCUCUCUGCUCUGUGGCAACAUUUGUCGUAGGAGAGACGCCCUUCCCUGAGUUCACUGUCCUGAUGAUGCUGGAUGACAUCUUAGUUACUUACUAUGACUCAGUUGUAGAGAAGACAGUCAUGAAAGUAGACCUGCAAUUAAAUGAAGAGAACCAAAAAUUUGCUGAUAUGAUUUUUGGAGCACUGCAUGUAGAAAUGCGAGAUCGAGCCAACUUUCUAAAGAGACAUUUUAAUUACACUAACGGUGUCCAAACAGAGCAAAGAAUUGAGUGCUGUGAAUUGUUGAGCAAUAACAAGCCAGGAGGAAUGAAGAUGUUUGACGCUUUCAAUGGUCUGAAUGGAAUGGAGAGGGACUAUAAUGUACACCGUCAUGCUCUACACACUGAAACUAAAUGGCCUAUUGUUUUUGACACUGUAAAGCUGGAAUAUAACAAAAAACUGUAUGCAUAUUUUCUGCACCCUGUAUGCAUUGAAGCUUUAGAGAGAGCUCUGAAAGAACUGAAGAAUCACAUAUUCAGAAAAGUAAAGCCCAGAGUGAGACUCCUGAUGAAGCCCUAUGACUCUGGAGGAGCUCGUGUGAGCUGCCUGGCCACUGGUUUCUACCCACGCCACAUCAACCUGACGCUGCUGAGGAACGGCCAGCCUGUGUCCGAGCACCUGGUCAGUGGAGGUGAGCUGCUGCCUAAUGGAGACGGAACUUAUCAGAUGAGGAAGAGUCUGGAGAUCAGUGCAGAGGAGCUCCAACAGAAGCAUAACUACACCUGCACAGCCACUCACCUCAGCCUGGACAACAAGCUGGACAUUCACUGGGAUUAUGAUCCAGGUCCACCCAUUGCAGUCAUAGCUUCCACUGUGCUGCUGGUGAUAUUAGUGUGUGUGAUCGCACCAAUAGCUGGCUUCAUUGUGUGGAAGAAGAGGCGUGUAGUCUCCCGAACAUCCUCCCAGAGUGAUUACUCUGCUGCAUCCAGUGACCACAGAGGAGAAAGAGCUGGAGGACCUGAAGAACUGAGGACGUGGACAGAUUAGGCCCUGAUGUCUCAUUUUUUCUCUGGUCUACAGUUUUAGGCAGAUUUAAGUACUUUUGAGGUUUAUAACAGAACACUUUAAAAACACACUCCUGAUUUUGAGCUGUACCGGAUGGAUCUAGAUAAAUCUGUCCUGCCUUUUGACUGUCAAAGACCUGAUUUAUGUUUCAGUUUUCGUACUGGACCACUUUUAUUUGAUACCGUUUCAUUUAUUGCAGGCCUCUGCGGCAGCUGUCCUUGUACUAAAAGCAAAAUAGUCAAUAAAAAUUGAAAAACAACUUA